AUACGCGUAUAUAUAUAUAUAUAUAUAUAUAUAUAUAUAUAAAAAGCUUCUCUACAUAGUUCAAAAUAGUUGAAAUAUUUAUCGUUCUUUAAUCGUAUGUAGAAUAUAAUUUAGUAAAAAAUGUCAAGAAACAUACGAAUUAGUAUAACUCCUCAUACAGUGUGUAGAUCCAUUUGUUCUAGUGAUACAAUUUACAAAAGUUAUGUAGCAAGAGAAAGUAAAUUAAUAUCAAAGUUACUCAAUAGAAGUGAACCUAAAAGAAAGUGGUAUAAUAAUAAUACACCUGCUUCUUUGAAUCCUUACACAAGCUCUCAGAAGAAACAACAAUCCUCGAUAUACGUAAAGAGAAGGAUAGACGUACUUAACAAAUUGUUUAUGAAACAUAUAACUGAGUUAAUGUCAACUAGUGAACUUGCAUCUGAAUUGUACGACCGUGGUGUUGAAGUAACAUAUGUGAGUAUGACUUCAGAUUAUAAAAUUCUUAACGUGUUUUGGACAUUUGAGAAGGAGGAUGAUAAGAAUUGGCCAAGAACAAUCGAAGAAGUAUUGGAUAAAUAUUCAUUUAUUUUACGUCAUGAACUAUCACAACUCCGUGUGAUCAAUUAUGUACCCAUUAUAAAAUUCGUUAAAGAUAUAAUGGUUUCUAGAAUAAGAAACGUUGAAAAAAGAUUUGCAAUGUUUGAUUUUGAUAAAGAUCAUAUAGAAACUGAUGAUACAAUUAUACAAUCAGACAUUACUAAUGAUAAUAAAACUGAUAAUUGUACUGAUAAAAUUCAAAUUAUAUUACCACAAAUGAAGCAUGAUGUUCUAGGAUUGGAUCACCAUGGAAUCAUGUUAAAGAUUAAAAACUCUAUUUAUAAAUUAAAAAAUCAGACAAGUAAAGAAAAGAUAUUAAAUAGAGAAUCAGAACAAAUGAUGGAUCCUUUGUCUACUUCUCUUGAUAACAAAGAUACUCUUAGUUACAAAAAUCAACAAGAAUUAUUUAUUGAAUUCUUGAAGAAGAGAAAAAUAGAGGAGAGACGAAAAUAUAGCUUUAAAAACCCUAAAAAAGUGGUAAAAAAUCCAUUUUUAACACAUGAUGAUGAUCAUGAUGAUGAUGAUGAUGAUGAUAAAAAUACAGAAACAUACUUUGACGACAACUUUGAAAGUACCUACAAUAAAUUUGAUGAAUAUGAUUUUGAAAAAGAAAAAUUUUAAUAGAAUAAUCAA